UUCUGCAGAUGGCAUCAGGUAUCUAUGCAGACUACUGGGUCCCAGGAUUAAGCACCGCACUGCACGGAGCCAUGCACUGAGUGUGGAGCAAAUGGUUUGUGUGGCCUUGCGCUUUUUUGCUAGUGGAGCCUUCCUGUACUCAGUGGGGGAUGCAGAACAGCUGAACAAGGCCACAAUUUGCCGCACAAUAAGGAGUGUGUGUCUGGCUAUCAAAGCAUUAGCAGAUGUCUUCAUCUCCUUCCCUGGCCACAGAAGACUCUGUGACAUCAAAGAGGAGUUCUAUAGGAUUGCAGGUUUCCCCAAUGUCAUUGGUGCAGUGGACCGCACACACAUAAGGAUAAAAGCCCCCUCAGGUGCCCAUGAGGCCGAUUUUGUGAAUCGGAAAUCCUUUCACAGCAUUAAUGUUCAGAUGGUCUGCAAUGCUGACUGUGUGAUCAGCAAUGUUGUGGCAAAAUGGCUCAGUCCAUGA